GUGGAGUUAAACAAGACCUAAUUGAGUUAUUGGUCAAAAGGUGCCUUACUUGUUCUAGCAGAAAUAACGUUAGACAAUUAACAGUUGCUGGAAAACCAAUAAUUGCAAAUUCUUUUAUGUCACGCUUACAAAUAUUCAUGGGGAAAUCUAAAUCUUCAAUUGAGGUUGCAUCAAAUUUAUUUGACUUGUUUACAGCCUUUGGAGCUCCAACAAUAUUACAAUAUGAUAAUGGAAAGGAGUUCAAUUCCAAAGUAAUAAAAGAGUUGAUGGAGAUAUGGCCAGGUACAAAAAUUAUUAAUGGCAGACCACGCCAUCCACAGUCACAGGGGCUUGUAGAAUGUGGAAAUAAGGAUUUAGAAAAUAAACUAUCAAAGUGGAUGAUAGAUAACUGCCGAGAUGAUUGGAGUUUUGCACUAAAAAUUAUAAUCCAUAGUAUGAAUACUUCUAUUUCAAGACCAACCCACAAUACUCCAUAUUGUUUGGUUUUUGGUGUUGAACCAAGAAGUAAUGAUACAGUCUUGGAAUUAUUAUUUGCUGAUGGUUACAUUCAUGAAGAGGAUAUACCAAGCAAUGUAACGAUUGAAGGUUCUAAAAAUGCAUUCAAAUUUUUAGAUAUAAUUAUUGUAAAUACUAGUGGUGGUGUUAACAGUAAUAAUGAUACCGUUAACAUUGACAUUAAUGAUGAAACUGGUGAUGAGAAUAUUGCAAAUAUUAGCAGCGGUGCUAGUAAUAAUAAUAGUAAUGGUAGUGGUGGUGAAGCUAGUGAUCCUAAAAAUGCAUUUGAAUUUUUAGGUGGAGCUAUUGCAA